GUCGACCAACCACAACAACACAACACAAACAAACGCAUCCGCAGCUACCGCAACGUCAACAAAUCGAUCGAACCGGUUAAAAAACGAACCACCAUCAUUCUCGUGCUGUAAAAGAAAUGUUUUAAAGUGCUGAUAAAUUAGUAAUAAAUCGUAUAAAACCAAACACACACAUAAAAAGUGGCGCAACAACAUGUUCUCGCUACUUAGCACCGCCACCAUGCUGGGCGCUUUUACUGCGCUGUUUGCAAUCGUGUUUCAAGCGUACCUUACCUCCAACGAGCUGGUACGGUUGACCGUCAUUUUACAACACCUGCGCGAUCUGGAGGUGGAAUAUCCGGUCAACGGUCCACGGGUUGCGAUCGGGUACGGUUCCUGCAGCGACCUGCACGUUCGGGCGAUAGAUUUUCUCGAAUAUAGCGAUCGCAUCGGACAGGCUCUUAAUGCGAGCGAGUACACAUUUGACGAUAUUACGAGCGAGGACGAGUUUCUGCUCAACUUUGCCUACUACUUCCAACGUGGUGCGGCUGCAGAACGAUUUACCACAAACAGGGAGAUGUUUAUGAGUUUGGUGCAGCGAGCGAAGAAAUCGAGCACCAUUCAGCAUCACUGGGCGCUGGGCGGCAAUGCACCGGUCAUAGGAACGCGCAUGGCAAUCGAAGGUGCAAACGUACUUCUCGGUGCUAAAAUGAGCUCAAAGUUAAAGACGCAUCUGCGGCCAGAAGUUCGACUGACCGGUAGCCUUAUCGACGACGACGAUAUUCAUCUGAUACUGGAGUACAACACCGGCGACCGCUGGGGUGAUCUCGUUACGCCCCGUGCCAACCGGUACAUACUGCACAACGAUCACCACAAUCCGUACCUGAGCUCGCUGGAAGAAUUCAACACAGCGCUGACCGGUUUCGAGCCCCAUCUGUUCAUCGUGAGCGGGCUGCAGAUGAUGGACAAUUACGCUUACCCGGUGGGAGUGCGUGAAAAGCUGCUCGACCGGGUACGGCAACAGAUGCAGGCCCAGUCACGCACCGCCACGCUGAUUCACUUCGAAAUGGCCAGCUUCGUGGAGCUGGAGCUGUUGCAGCUGCUGCUGCGAACGGUACUCCCGUACAGCGAUUCGAUCGGCAUGAACGAACAGGAGCUGGACAAUCUGCAGCAAGUGUUGCGGACGGGCCGCAUCAGCCUGGUGGCCGACUGUAAUCCACGGGUAGCGCACUCGCUCGAUCAGGCACGGGCCGUGUUUCGCACGCUGAACGAAGAUUUCUACCGCAAGCAGCACAGCGCCGGUGAUGGAGCAACGCGUCGACCGCUUUCCCGGAUGCAUCUGCACACGCUUGCGUAUCAGGCGUUUAUCGUGGCGAAGGAUAGUCGCUGGCAGCAUACGAAACAUGCCGCUGCGAAGGCAUCGCUCAUUGCGCACCGGCACGUGUGCGCCAGUACGAUCGUAAAUCCGGACGCGGCUUACCUGCAGAUGGAUGGUAGCUUUGCCGUGUCGGCAGAGCCAGGCGCCCGUCGGAUACCCUUUAACAAUCGCGAUCCGGUUUCUUGCUGGGAGGAAACGCUCGAACUGCGGAUCCCCGAUGCGCCGUCGAUCGUGGUGGAGAUAUGCGUGGCACCGGUGUUGAUCUGCAAACAUGCGAAGCAAACGGUCGGUGCGGGUGAUAACAUUUCCGGCGCGGGACUGGUGCUGCAGAUAUAACACGGCGGGCAUAACGAGACAAGCGAGAUUUGUACAACGCAAGAGACUGUUCUUAGAGGUGUUCCGUACUGUUCAGUACAAGAGCGUAGGAUGGGUUACCAAUUAUAUUUUAACCACGUUGCUACAGUAACCUCCCUUAAAUCGGCUCCUUCGACGAGAAGAUUUGUUUUUAAUAGAAAUACCUUGUAAAACAUUCCAUUUUAACAAUGGUAAGCGGAAUAUGCCGUAACAGGAACACAAUUCCAUUCCGCUAUUGCUUUCCCUACCUAAGACUGCUGUUCGUGCGUGCGCCAUUUCCAAAAGCAAUAAACUAAACAUUCGUUCUUUAAUCAA